CUUAUGAGAUGUGUUACAACUGGUCUACACAAGAGAUGUACUAUGUGAGUUACUGAUGGCUACACAGUCGUCAUAACUGCCUCCAACGACUUUUGCUUCCACUUCAAAACUUGCUUCCUGUUUAUUCGUUUCAUAAGUGUUCGUUGACUCUAAGGGCGUUUUAUAGGACUUUUUGAACAGUGGAAUUCGCCUCCUCUUCUUCAUUUUUCUGCAAAGCAAAGCUGUGCAUAUAACAGAUGGUUCACUGCUUAUCAGACUCCAACAUCACACGUGACUCUUCUGUUCUCACGUUGUUCUAUUUUAUUAACAGCCGUCAAGGUGACAAAGACACCAUCAAUGGUUAAGGGAGAAGGCAAGUUUAAAGUGGAUUCAGCUCAUGAGGAUUUUGGAGAGCAAACGGAGUAAAUUUUCUCCACUCCCUGGUGCACAGUAUGGCUGGUGGCUUCAUAUAUGGUUAUGUUGUGAUGUUAUCAUUGGUCGUAGUGGUGAUGCUCUCAGCUUUGGGAAAAGGAUCUGGAAAAUUAUCAGUUGUGCCUGCAGCUCGUUAUGAUUUUAGAGACCAAGUCGACCGUAUUGUUGUGGACGACCUGACGGGGGACGUGUACGUUGCAGGUGACAAUGUCUUGUACCACCUGAACAGCGAGCUGACUCUCCUGCAGAUGAACAUUCUGGACCCCAACAAACCAUGCAGGUGUAACAAUUCUGUGAAAGUUCUGGAGAUCGAGCCUAAGUUUCGCGGUUUGUUGGUGUGUGCCUCCAGUGAGAAAGGUGAAUGUGUCAUCAAGGAUUUGAAAAAUAUCACAACAAACCGGACUUUUAACAAAGAACAAAGUGAACAGCAUGGCUUUGUGGGAUACCGGAUAGUUGUAGACGAUUCUGAAGUACCCUUUGUUCAUUUCGACCAACAAUUUUCCACCGCAAUCUCAAAUACUAGCAGACUUGUUGUUGUGUCCCCGAACACCAUCAGUGCCAAUGACAAGAACAGUCGGUCCAAGCCUUUACUGUCUGUGAGAGAAAUAUACAACGAAGGAGAAACGCUGUACAUGAGAUAUGUCACCACAAAAGAAGGACAACUCCAGAUGAACAAGUUCAACAUAAGGUUUCAAUAUUACGUAAUAGAUAAGUUUUGCUUCAAUGGUACAUGUUAUUUUAUUACAUUGCAACAAGCAAACCAAAGCAGUGAUGUACUCGUCAACCGUUUGGCAACCGUGUGUACUCGGUCUCUGUAUCCAUAUGUAGAACAACCUCUAGUCUUUAAAAAGAAUAAUAACGAGAAAGGAGAUAAGAGCAGGGUGCUGGCAGCAACUGUGGGUAAAGUAGGAGAUGGCCCACUGGGUGAAAUACCUCUCGUCGUCAUCGUCUUUGGAGUUGCUUCCAACAGCAGCGCGAGACAUGCUGACGUCACCUUGGGCUACAGCAUUACAGUUAUAACGUUAGAAGAACUUGAAAAUUUUGUUGCUGUCGCGAUGUUUCAGUGUGAUUUGGGAGGACUUGACUAUCCCGACUGGAUAGAUGGCACACCUAACAAGUGUGUCGAAGCAUCAAAUCAGCAACAACAAGCCAAAUGCAACAGGACAGAUAAAAUAACAGUGCGGCAAGUUCAUUAUGAGCCACUGGCUGUCACGACCUUCAUUCCUGGAGACAACGACACUGGGACCGUCGUGUCGGUCUUCACCCACACUCGAGUCGUCGACGAUAAUGGGACACAGCGUUUGGACGAAACCAUGAUCAUCUAUGUGCUGUUAUCAUCGGGACGAUUUCACAUUUUUCGCUGUUCGAAGAGCCAUGAUGCACCUUUCAAGACCACCUAUUUAGGACCAGCUCUGAUGUACUCGGAGACACCUGCUGACAGUCUGACCUGGCAAGUAAAAGCCGAUAUCGCCAUAACUGACGAGUUCUUCUACUUCUUGUCUUCUACCAAGGUGGUGAAAGUCCCUCUGGAUUACUGUAUCAAUAUCGCAACGUGCGAAGAUUGUUUACAAACAACAGGCUGUUUCUGGUGCCAGUCCAAUGCCACAUGUGGGCUACGGAGCAAGAACUGCUUCAACGAGAUGUGUCCUGCUCGAAUAGCAAAUUUCUGGCCGACGUCAGGCCCUACAAAAGGAGGCACGGUACUGUCCCUGAAUUUUACAGAAUCUUUGAGUGACAACAAGACGAUUGAAGUCUGUGGUCAGCCAUGCAGUGAAAUAAGAAACGAAAGUUCACUAAGCUGCACAGUUCCGUCAAGUAAAAACGACUCAGAAGCUGUUUGCAAUAUAGUGGUCACACUUUGGUCAAACCCUCCAACACGUAUUUCAGCUACUGGCUAUCGGUACAUAAUUCCUCGAUUUCAAGGCUUUGAGCCGCCAAGAAUGAUAAUGUCCGAACGUGGACAAAUGAGACUUCAUGGCCAGGAUCUGGACACGGGGUCAAGAGUCGCCGUCAUUUUGUCACCAGACAAAGACAUCAUCAACGGCGACAAUCUGACUUGCAACGUCCUUGAAAGAAAUAAGACUUCAAUUUUAUGUGAGCUGAACACUACAAGUGCACACUCUGGAAAUAACAAAAGAGUGUAUUGUUAUGGAAUAACUCUCACAAUAGAUAAUGCUCGUCUUGAACAGCGGUCUGGAGAAUCCUUCUGUCGUCAUCCAGACCCGGAACUGACUCAAGUCUAUCCAAUGUUUACUUUUGCAAGUGGUGGAACGCAAGUGACACUGGAAGGCACGGAUCUUAACACAACGGGACCCCCCCAUCUCGCCCUCUCCCUGCCUGUAAACGAGACUGGAAAAUACCAGGAAGAGAUUUCACAGCAUCCCUGCCAGCCUUGUCCAGAAGCUUGGAAUAAGACGUGUGUACUAUGUUGUUUACCUGUCUUUCCGUCGCCAACCUCGACAAACGAAAGUCUUCAGAUGUGGUUCAGCUUUAGGGAAGAUCGUGUAGGCCUCACACUUGCACCUGUCGUGUUCAAUGGCUCUACUCCACUGACCUUGUCCGUAUUACCGGACCCUCAGUUCAUCAUAGCUGACCUGCAGAACCAAAAGAACCAAAAGUGUCUACCGAUGGGAGAGCAAGUAACACCGCUGACAGUCAUGAGCAGGGGCAUACCUGUAAACACGACGCUUACUAUCCACGUUGGUGGUCAAAUGUGCUCAACGACAGAGAAAUCGUCGUCGACUUGGACAUGCAACUUUCCAUCACUCGCGCCAGUUCUUAAAAGCGGGGCAACAUGUGAAGACUCCAGCAGCCAAAGGACAGUGUCGACAGCAGAUCAAAGCGUUUGUGGAGAGAACAUUUGUGGGAAAAUAAAUAUGGAAAGUGGAAUAUAUGAAGUUCACGUGAUAACUGAAUACCGUAGAUUCUACGUCGGCUGCGUCAACUUAACUCAAAUGAGUAACCGAAAGGACAACCAUCUGAGCCUGCUGCUGAUGGUAGGCGGAGGAGCUCUGGGUGGCGUCCUCCUGCUGAUCAUCGUGGUCAUGUGCUGCGUCAUGUACGUCAAGUACCAGAAACGGAAGUUUAAAGAGACAUUUCGAGCCCAGCACAGUUUAACAUCAUCUAAUUUCAUCUCUUCACCAGUCGGAAGUGCUGAAAACACCUACCUUUCUCUGGUACACCUUCUUAACCCACAGCAGGACAAGAAAAAAGAGAAGGACAUUUAUCAUUCCAAUCUGCUCAUUCAACGCAAAAACCUUACUCUCGGCAAAGUUAUUGGUAAUGGCAACUUUGGCUGCGUCUUGGAGGGUGAGCUACACGGCAAAGAUCACGAGGAACCUCUGCGUGUAGCAGUCAAGACCCUCUUGGACCCAGUGACUCACGCCAUCGACCUACAGGGCUUCAUUGACGAGGCACUGCUGAUGAAGAACUUCAACCACGAGCACCUGGGCUCCUAGGGCUGUCAGAAGGGGAUCGUGGCUUACCUCUGGUCGUUUUGCCAUUUAUGGAGCGUGGCGACCUCUUGACCUACGUUAAAAACGAGAGCACGAAGGUGUCAGUCGGUGACAUCAUGCAAUUUGCAUGCGAUAUUGCGAGUGGUAUGGACUACUUAUCGGGACUAAAGUUUGUUCACCGGGAUCUGGCGGCCAGGAACUGCAU